AUGGUUAAUAAAUACUUGACACUUAACAAGGAUAGUGAAAAUAGCAGAAAAAAGAGGAAACCGAGCAGGAAGCACUUUAGGGGAGCUGCAGCUGAAGUAAAAUCACUUCCAAGCCAGGACUACGUUUAUGAUGUUUACCAUUUAGAACAAGUUCCAGAAGAUGAAUACAAUAAAUAUGAAGGUAGCAAGGUUGGGUUCAUUAAAAUCAUAGAUGUUUACGGUGAUUUGUUACCUGAUGAAUUAACUGAUUCAGACGAACAAUUCCUAUCGGAUGAAGAGGACUCUAAUGAUGAAAACUAUUAUAGAAACGAUUACCCAGAAGACGAAGAUGAUGACAGAUCAAUUUUGUUUGGGAGUGAAGGUGAAGAAAUGGCUGAACUUGAAACUGAAUUUCUAGCAAACCACGACGUUGAUGAAUUCGAACGACCGGAAAUGACAGACAGCGCUGACGUAAUACGACCAAGAGAGGAUUACGAUCCAAAAAUUGCCACAUAUGAUGACGUAUUUUCCAAACUUCAAGGUAGCAGCAAUAUACUCAGGUCAAUAAAUGAUGCGAAUUUCAUUGACCUGGAUAGAGAUUUUGAAGAAGAAGAAGGAAGCGAUGGGGAAUUUAUGUACAAUGAGGAACAAGAAGAUAAAGAUGAAUUUCCUAGGAACGAAUUCUUCCCAACAGACAAGGACGAUCCAGUUGCUAUUCACAGGGAUCGAAUUUUUCAUCGACUGCAGAAAAUGAUUGAAAAAGACUAA